AUGGCCACAACGGCAGCAUCAUCAUCAUCAGCAAACACAAAGUCAGUGGCGGCAAAGCAUGCCGACGUCGACGACUAUGAGAUGCCUUGGGUCGAAAAGUACCGACCAGUGUACCUCGACGACAUUGUCGGCAACACGGACACGGUCGAGCGGCUCAAGGUGAUUGCGGAGGAUGGUAACAUGCCGCAUAUCAUCAUCAGUGGAAUGCCAGGUAUCGGUAAAACCACCUCGAUCCACUGUCUUGCGCAUGCCCUCCUCGGCGACGCGUACCGUGAGGGUGUGCUCGAGCUGAACGCGUCCGACGAGCGUGGUAUCGACGUUGUGAGGAAUAAGAUCAAGCUGUUCGCCCAAAGGAAGGUGACGCUGCCGGCUGGGCGGCACAAGAUCAUCAUCCUCGACGAGGCGGAUUCGAUGACGGCAGGUGCCCAGCAGGCCUUGCGACGAACCAUGGAAAUCUACUCCAACACGACUCGCUUCGCCCUCGCGUGCAACAUGUCCAACAAGAUUAUCGAGCCAAUCCAGUCGCGCUGCGCCAUCCUGCGGUACAGUAAGCUGCGUGACGCCGAGGUUCUCAAGCGUCUCAAGGAGAUCUGCGAGGUCGAGAAGGUCAAAUACAACGACGAGGGCCUCGCGGCGCUCAUCUUCACGGCCGAGGGAGACAUGCGCCAAGCGAUCAACAACCUCCAGUCUACGUGGUCGGGCUUUGGGUUCGUGUCGCAGGACAACGUGUUCAAGAUCUGCGACCAGCCGCACCCGAUCGUCGUACGUGCCAUGAUCAAGGCGUGCCAGAAGGGCGACGUCGACGGCGCGCUCUCGCGCAUCCACUCGCUCUGGGAGCAAGGCUACAGCGCUGUCGACAUUGUCACGACCAUCUUCCGCGUCGUCAAGGGAAUGGAGGACCUGCCCGAGUACACCAAGCUCGAGUUUAUCAGGGAAAUCGGAUGGACGCACAUGCGCAUCCUCGAGGGCGUUGGAACCAUCGUGCAGCUCGGUGCGAUGACCGCGAGGUUGAGCAAGCUCGCGAUCCCGCCCAACCUCCUCAAGUUGUAG